AUGAUUCCCAAUAAUUUACUAACUUUAAUAAAAUAAAAUGAUGAGAAACUUGAAGAAGUAAUAAAAAUUUUUAGGAAUUUUACAAAAGAUAAGCUAUUUAAUGAGAGUAUGACAUUAAAAAUUCAUAAUAGUAAAUAAUAAAGAUUAUAUAAAAUUUAGAGGAUUACUUCUAAAAUGUCGAAAAUAUAAUAAAAAUUAUGAGGCUGAAUUGGCAAAUUAAAACAGAGAAAUGAAAGUAAAAAUUUUUAGAAUAUUGAUAAGCUGUUGAGUAUAUAAGAGAUAUUAGAAUUAUAUUAUCUUGAAAUUGAAAGAUGCCAAAAUAUUACAAUGAUGUAAUUUAGAAGAUCAGAAGAUUAAUUUUAGAAUUUGAAUUUGAAUAACAUAAAUUAUCAUUUCUUAAACUUCCUUAAUAAAAUACAAACAAAAUUGUAAAGGAAGCCGAAAAGUUCGAUCGAGAUUAAUGAAAGAAAUUUAAAAUUUAGAAAUAAAUUUGCUUCAAAAUAACUUAUCUCAAUAUUUUUAGAAUUUAGUUAAUAAUCUUUGUAAUAUUAGGAAAAUAAGAGUAAUGAAAUUUAAAGCACUUUUUCUGAAUUCAAUUUAUUCCUUAAAGAAAUUAUGAUUUUAAUGUAUUAAAUUAUGGGAGUUCCAUAAAUUAAUGAACUUAAAAAUAUAAAAAAAAGCUCUUGCUGA